AUGACUUCGACUGUGUCUAAUGAACUGCUGCAGCUUUGUGCUUGCUACAAGGACAAUCACACACCUCGAUUUGUACCUCAAGUUGACAAUCACAACGAAGUUUUGAGUUCGUCAGUUACUGACCUUUCGGACGAUUCGACGCUUACCAAAGAUGAUCUUGUUUUUCUUAGUGAUCUCUUUGGUGUCGCGAAUCCCACGACGAAUGUUUCAUCUGUCAAGCUAAAACAAGUGACUUCGACGCAACCUCAUAGUCGCAAACGUCCGCGAAGUACCAAGGGCGUUUCGGAAAAUGGCAGGGUCUUACCCAAAUCACAACAGCAGCGUCAGAAGCUGGAGAUUGAGUUUUUGAGAAAACAAGUUGUCGAGUUGCAAGCGAGGAUUGAGGAAUUGCGUGCGCGAAAAAUGGAGCGGAAACGGCAGAAAUUGCAAGGUGCCUUGAACGAUACCAGCCCCGCUUUAAAUCCAUGGGUAAAUUCGACCAACAGCCACGUCAUUGCAGUCCAACAACUUGAGGAACAGAAUGAGAAGCUGCGCAGUCAAGUGACAGCAUACCUCGGGGAGCUCAAACAGUUUGAGCACAUUGCGCGGACCCAGUACAUGGCAAACGAUUUUCCUGAACCGAUGCACUUCACUGGACACCCCGCUACGAAUUACUACUCGACGUCGUACUAA